AUGCGGGACAUGCUGGAGAGGCUGCAAACCAUUACUGAGGAACAGGAGGGGCAGGAGGACUAUGAGCCCAACUCCUACGAGUAUGACAUGGACAAGGUGUCUCUGUCUCAAGAGGCGGUAGUGUUUGAGAACUCCCCAGAUAUAGACAGCAUCCUGGCGGAGGCCCACUCCAUACGCAAGGAGAUCUCUUUGCUCCGCUUAGAGGUGGAGCGUCUGAGUGUCCACAAUCAACGCUAUGGCACCUCUGUCCACCGCCUCACCCUACUCAAAAAGGAUUCAGACUCUAUUGCCAGGGGGAUCCAGGAACGUGGGAAGGUUCUGUAUGCUCGCAUCAAAGCUCUGAGUACAGUGAGUAAGGAGCUGCAGGAGAAGCAAGGUCCCAGUUCUGCUGCUGGCCGCAUUGCCUGUGUUCAGUAUGAUACGCUCACCCGUGCCUUCCACGAUACCAUAGGUGACUACAACAAGGCUGAGGAAAGUCAGAGGACCAUGUGCCGGGGGCGAAUCCAGAGGCAGGCUUCCAUUUUGGGGACUGAAGUCACUGAUGACCAACUAGACGUGCUGGUAAACAAAGGGGGUGAGGGCUGGACCGAGCUGUCUGAGAGCUUGCAGACACGAGGUGUAUGCUCAUCCCGCUGGGCGAUGUGUGAGAUCAAAAGCAGACACAAAGAUCUGGUGGAGCUGGAGGCCAGGCUGAAGGUAAUCCAUGACCUGUUCCUAGAUAUGGCCAUGCUGGUGGAGGAGCAGGGAUCCAGGCUCAAUAACAUUGAGGCUUAUGUCUAUGGCACCGAGGAGUAUGUCAAAAGAGUCAACAUUCAUAUCAAGAAGGCCCUACACUACAAGAGGAAAAAUCCUUUUCAGUUCUGUUGUCCUUGUCUUCCAUGUUGGAGACACAACCAACCUCUUUAG